AUGGAGGUCAUCCUAUAUCCUAAGCAUACGUCGAGGCAGCAGACGAUUCUGGAGAUGAGCAGACCCGUGGAUGACGCUCAGGAUGAGCAAUCCUCCGCAGAGACUGUCACCUCUCCGAUCCAGCAUCAGCUGGAUAUCGUGCAACGUGGCUCCAAACGCAAGCGAAGCUCUAAGGAUAGCAGAGGUGCUAAACGUGCACGGAAUGAGCUCGCAGAUGCGGCCGCGGCCGAGGUUGGUCCCGAGCCGCCAUCAUCAGACGCAGUAGUUCCGGCAGGUGGAGGAGAUGACGGGGAUGGGUGGGUGGACGCUAUCUCCAGCCUUCAGGCCUACAACGGAUCGCCAGUACAGAGGGAUGGCAGAUGGUCCCCCUCGACCUGGGUACUGAUCAGAUCUAUAUUUUUUUGUCCGAGACCCUCAUAA